AAUCUCAUGAGAAAGAAAACACCACAACAGACCCAGUUGAAAACCAUCUCACCAACCCAUUCAUCCUCUCUUCAUCGACAGUCAACACUCAUUGGAAUCGGAAAUCCCAAAAGCUGUAAACAGAAUUGACAUUUUAUGUUUUUCUGCGUUCUAAACAUGAUGGAGAAGAGACUUGCCAAAAACUCUGACCUCAAAGCUUCUGGAAUAGAGUAACAACAACCUUUUUCUCACCACCACUUGUUCUUCUUCUUUCAAACAACAACCCAUUUCAGUUGUAUCUGUCUACAUGUCUAGAAUGACAUGGGUAUUGAUUUUGGGGGGAAAUUUGGAUCCAGAGAGAAAAAGGAGUGGUGGGUUGAGAACUAAACAGGCCGGAAGAGGUUCUUGCCGGGGUAGUUAGGCUCAUUAUUUCCCCUUUUCCCCAAUCGACUGCUUCUUUUUUCUCUUAAUUGAUCCACCUUCUUAAUCUCACUGGUUUUUUCGAUAUGGGUUAUCUACUAAAAGAAGCUCUGAAAACCCUAUGUGGUGUCAAUCAAUGGUCUUAUGCUAUUUUCUGGAAGAUCGGCUGCCAAAACCCUAAGCUUCUAAUAUGGGAAGAAUGUUAUUACGAACCUGUUAUUUAUGCUAAUGCUGGGAAUGGAGUUCAAGCCAGGAACAAAGUCCACACACUUGUAACCAAAAUGAUGAAGGACAGCUACAUCAAUCUUUUAGGAGAAGGAUUAGUUGGGAGGGUUGCAUUCACUAGAAAUCAUCAAUGGAUUAUCUCGGAUAACAAAAUGCUAGGUGUCCAUCCACCCGAGGUAUCGAAUGAGGUGUAUACACAAUUCUCAGCCGACAUUCAUACAAUAGCAGUUAUUCCAGUUCAUCCUCAUGGUGUUGUUCAACUUGGCUCAUCCUCAACCAUCAUGGAGAAUAUGGGAUUUGUGAAUGACGUGAAGAGUUUAAUUUCUCAACUUGGAUGUGUUCCUGGUGCAUUAUUAUCCGAAAACUACAUGCAAAACGAAGGUUCCUUGGACCCUAGUCCAAAUCAUCGGGAACCCAUCUGCCUUCGGGAUUCUGUUUCUACUCAUUCAUCUGGAAAAUCUAAAUUGACUUACUGCACCCUCUUUACUUCAGAUGGCUGCAACCAACAGGGCCACUCACCUCAGGCUUCAGGAACCAGUGGUCAUACUUCUUUCUCUCUUAGUAGACAUAUCGGACAUAGCCAAGUGGCUAGCGGUUCGAUGCUUGCAAGUCCGCCUAUAAUUUUUCAAAGUUCUACAAAAUCCUGUGAAGUUCAAGAAAUUGGAGCCUCUGGGGAAGUGGUGCCUCAGGCUAAUUUGUACCCAAAGAAUGAUCAGCAAACUUCUUUUGGCUCGUUCUUAGCAAACUGUGAUACCUUAAGAUCAAUGGAACAACAUAUACUAUCGGAUGCAUUUUUGGGAGAUCUUGAAAAUGACACUAUGAUGUCUCAGAUUGCAAGAAAGUCAAACGACGUUCGUGGACUGGCUGCAAGUUCAAAUCCACCGCCUCUUUCGGAUGCUCACUUCACUUGCACCCACGUUGACGAGCCGAAGCCAACUUUCGAUAAAGAAAAGCUAGAACAUGAGUUAUUUCAAGCUCUUACUAUGUCCUCAGAAGAAGCAUGUCCAAAAGCUCCAUCAAGGGAUGACUUGUUUGAUAUUGUGGGCAUGGAUUUCAGAAACAAAUUAUUUGGUGGAAAUCACAAUAACUUUGUUAACAAUGGGGUCGAACCAAACCCGCAAAAUCUAACUAGGAAUGAUAGUUCGGUUUUAGAGCUUCAGAGUGCAGCAGGUUCUGAUCUCUUUUCGGUUUAUGAAGGAGAAUCUGAUAGCGGUAUUUAUUCAUCAACAGCCAGUGACCAUCUUUUAGAUGCAGUCGUCUCCAAGGUUCACACGUCGUUGGCAAAAAACAAUGGCUCCUCUGUUCCUGUUGCUUAUUCAUCACCCAUUUGGGCUAAUCAGGGUGUUCAUUUGAUGCAAGGAGAGUUGGUUGGUGUCCCCAAAUCUUUGAAAAAAACAGGGGUAACGAGUUCUUAUUCAUACAAAUCUGGGAUCUCCAAGGAAGAUGUGGGAAAUUUUUCUGAUAGUAGCUCUAUCAUUUCAUCACAAAUCAGUUCUUGGAAGGAGCAAAGACACAAUGUGAGAAAGAAUAGCAGUGGUGUUGCAUCUGAGUAUGCAAAAAGGGCUGAUGAAAUCAGCAAAUCGAAUCGUAAGAGGCUUAAACCUGGAGAAAAUCCUAGACCCCGACCAAAAGAUCGCCAGAUGAUCCAAGAUCGUGUAAAAGAAUUGAGAGAAAUCAUCCCAAACGGUGCCAAGUGUAGCAUCGAUGCCUUGCUAGAACGCACCAUCAAGCAUAUGCUUUUUUUGCAAAGUGUUACAAAGCACGCAGAUAAGCUAAAACAAACUGGGGAAUCGAAGAUUGUGAGCAAGGACGGCGGGCUAUUGUUGAGGGACAACUUUGAAGGAGGAGCAACCUGGGCAUACGAGGUUGAUUCUCAAUCGAUGGUCUGCCCGAUUAUAGUCGAGGAUCUGAAUUCACCUCGGCAAAUGCUAGUGGAGAUGCUUUGUGAAGAAAGAGGUUCGUUCUUGGAGAUAGCCGAUGUUAUUAAAGGAUUGGGAUUGACAAUCUUGAAGGGGGUGAUGGAAUCUCGUAACGACAAGAUAUGGGCCCACUUUACCGUAGAGGCUAACCGGGACGUGACAAGAAUGGAAAUCUUUAUCUCGCUUGUUAGCCUCUUGGAUUGCGGCGGCAAUGCGAAUGUUUCGGUCCAUGAGCAAGCGGCCACCGGCCCGACGGGAAGUGCGUAGUAUAGAGUAGUGAUGGUGGCAUGUGGGUUAGAAAUGUUGAGAGCAGGUGUGCCAUGACCGACAUCGAUCCCAGCCACCCGGAUCUUCUUGAUGUAGUAUCGUAUUAUGACCCGGAAUUUGUGUAGUUGAUGAAUGUUGUUGGUGUAUUUGGUCUUUUUCUUUUCUACUCUGGUUUUGUUACAAGAGGGCGUUUGAAGGGAAUGGAAAAGGGGAAAUACCAUUUUUACCCCUCAAACCGGG